GGGCUGCAACUGCAUGCUUGAUUUAUUUCUUCUAACACUUGUAGUCUCUUCCCUCACUCACUCUCUCUCUAGAGCCGCUACGACUCCUUUUUAUUUUUUUUUUCCACAAUCCUUUCUCUUUUGCUUCCCUCAUCCUUUGCUUUCUUUCUUUGUCUUUCUGCUUUUUGUGUUACAGUGAUUCUUUCUUCAGCUUUAUCUCUCCUUCUAUCUAUUUCUUCCAUUCUUUCAUUUCAAUUCCAUUGCAUUCAGUUGAUACAACUCUGAGAGGGGGAAGUGUUUUUGAGAAGGGUGGUUGUGAUUCUUGUGAAGUGGGUGUUAGUGUUACAGCCAUGGCAGCUCCAAAGCCAGAAGAGAUUAGCCAUCCACCAAUGGACCAGAUUCAAGGCUUUGAGUACUGUAUCGACUCAAAUCCUUCAUGGGCGGAGGCUAUAGCUCUGGGGUUCCAACACUACAUCUUGGCCUUGGGGACUGCAGUGAUGAUUCCCUCAUUCCUUGUUCCUCUGAUGGGUGGAACUGAUGAUGACAAAGUGAGGGUAGUGCAGACUCUGCUUUUUGUAGAAGGAAUUAAUACACUUCUACAGACUCUGUUUGGGACUCGAUUGCCGACCGUGGUUGGGGGCUCAUAUGCUUUCAUGGUCCCCGUUAUCUCCAUAAUUCAUGAUUCAUCUUUGAUGGAAAUCUCUGAUCCUCAUCAGAGAUUUCUCAAUACCAUGAGAGCAAUCCAAGGUGCUCUGAUAGUGGCAUCAAGCAUACAAAUUAUUCUGGGGUACAGUCAAAUAUGGGCCAUCUGUUCGAGGUUUUUUAGUCCACUUGGAAUGGUACCAGUGAUCUCGUUAGUGGGUUUUGGGCUGUUUGACAGAGGCUUCCCAGUGCUUGGACGGUGCGUGGAAAUUGGCAUACCCAUGCUUUUCCUAUUUAUUGCCUUCUCCCAGUACUUGAAACAUUUUCAAACAAAACGACUGCCUUUACUGGAGCGUUUUGCACUCCUUAUAUCAGUCACAGUGAUAUGGGCAUAUGCACAUCUCUUGACAGCCAGUGGUGCAUACAGACAUCGUCCUGAAACAACCCAACAUAACUGCCGAACUGACAAGGCCAACCUCAUAUCUUCUGCUCCAUGGAUAAAGAUACCAUAUCCUCUUCAGUGGGGCGCACCCACUUUUGAUGCUGGUCAUGCUUUUGGAAUGAUGGCUGCUGUCCUGGUCUCAUUGAUUGAGUCAACUGGAGCUUAUAAGGCUGCGUCUCGGCUAGCAAGUGCCACACCACCUCCAGCCCACGUCCUUAGCCGGGGUAUUGGCUGGCAGGGAAUUGGGAUCUUACUGAGUGGACUCUUUGGGACAUCCACUGGCUCGACAGUGUCUGUAGAAAAUGUGGGCCUUCUUGGAUCAACUCGCGUUGGAAGCCGCAGGGUCAUUCAAAUUUCAGCUGGUUUUAUGAUAUUCUUCUCAAUACUAGGGAAAUUUGGAGCUUUAUUUGCAUCAAUACCCUUCACUAUAUUUGCUGCUGUAUAUUGUGUUUUGUUUGGCCUAGUUGCUUCUGUGGGGCUAUCAUUUUUGCAAUUUACAAACAUGAACUCAAUGAGGAACCUCUUCAUCACGGGUGUGGCUUUCUUCCUGGGUUUGUCCAUUCCUGAGUAUUUCAGGGAAUACACCUCUGCUGCCCUUCAUGGUCCUGCUCAUACAAGGGCUGGAUGGUUCAAUGAUUUCCUCAACACCAUCUUCUUCUCGUCCCCAACGGUUGCAUUAAUCGUUGCUAUUUUCCUAGACAACACACUUGACUACAAGGACAGCGCCAGAGACAGGGGGAUGCCAUGGUGGGUUAAGUUCCGGACAUUUAAAGGAGACAGCCGGAAUGAGGAGUUCUACACCCUCCCUUUCAACCUCAACCGCUUCUUUCCACCAUCUUGAAUGCCUGCCUUACAAGAGAGAGAGAUGUAAGGAAAAGCCAUGUCUGUAGAAAAUGAUUGUGUGAUGAUCACAAUCUUAGUGAGAGAGACUGAAAUGGAGAUCUUCCAUGUUUUGACUCGGAGCGAGAUGGCAGCUUUGUUUUGUCUUUUAUCUAUUUCUUCAAUUUUAUGUAUAUUGACUAGGGUUAUUCAGGUUUAAUCCAGUAAAAAUAAUUUAUUUAUCCACUGCA